CAUGUUUAGGCUGGCUUCAAUUCUUAGUUUGCACACUUGCAUGGAUAGCCGCAGCUGUAGCGCACUGCCUACAAGUGCCUGGCAGCUGGCAACCUUAAGAGUUGCACCGAGUGUUGAUAUGGCCAUGUGUGCAAACAGAGAGCCGCCAAAACCGCCCCCAUCCAGUACGCGCCUCACGUGAAUCAUGGUGCUCAAGUUGCCAAACCGGGCUGAGAGGGAUUCACUGUAACACGACAGAACAACCCGCAGCACAGCACAGCACAGCGCUGCUGUCGAGCUCGGCAUCUACAUCCUAAUUUCCAC